CCUCCCGACCUUCCCACUCUUUCCCCUCACGGGGUGUCCUCCCAAUCGGGGCGCGAGCAUAGGCGGAUCGAUCCCUCUUGCGGUCGUCGUCCUCCGCCGGACGAAUUUAGGGGGCGUUGCGUGGCGGGGUUGAUGCUCUUCUCCUUGGAAUUCGGUGCUGCCAUGCGUUUCAUCCUUAUUGUCCAUCCUAGCUAGGUCACCCGUCACGCGGCGGGCGGCGUGUCUCACGGCUGUUUUCUUGAGUUGACUUGCAGUUUGUUGGCACGCAAUGAAAGCUAAAGAACCCAAGAAGGCAGGGGGUCGUGUCAAAUGGGAUGAAGAGAACUUGAAUGACAUCGAGUCAAACAAACCAGAAAGAGAGAAGAUCACCGAGCCCAAGACACCUUACCACCCUAUGAUUGAUGAGGAUGAAGGGCCUGUGUCACCAUUACAACUAAGUGAAGAGCCAGUGGAUAAAUCUGCUCAUGCUGAUGCCAUCAAGACUGCUCUAGCUGAAGCUGUUUCCAGUGGAAAGAUUUUCGACAGAAAUAGUUGGGAAUCAUGUGACAAUGAAGAAGCCAUAAAACAAAGCACAGCUUUUGAGGAGCACCGGAAGGUUCACUACGAUGAAUACCAUAAGAUGAAGGAGCUGCUUCAGAAGGGAACCAUGACUGAUGAUGCAGAUGAAGAUGAAAGUGAACCAGACAACAGGAAGGAGUGACAGUUCUGUCCCGGUCCGAACGCGGAACUGUGAUUAGAAGAUCUUCAGCAUCAUGAGACAGUUGGAAGCUUGGAAAAGUUUGAGGUUUCGAGUACUUCAGGACUACUAGAUGUAUUAACCAUGCACAACUGUUUUCACCCUUUCCUGCACAGAGCUAUACUGUUCUCUUCCUUGGCACUAGUUCGGAAGUGUAAGCCAUGACUCAAUCUUUGCAGCUAAGACUUUGAGAGUAUUUCUGUAGUCGGUCUUACGGACCGCAAGCUGGAACGUGGUAAGCUGCAUGCGAAUUUUUGUGACGAAUGACCGGUCAGAUGUAGGCGGUCAUUGUUUUAGCUUGCAAAAAUUCAGAGUUGCAGCUGGUAGAUUGUUAGAUUGUAAUAAUUCGAACUAUGGAUUGUUGUUACAAUCUGAUUACAAUUUGGGA